UCUCAAGGCAUGCAAUGGGAGGCAUCUAAAUAGCAGAGGCUCUACAUUGGUUGCCUAGAAUGGCGCACUGUCUGCACUGCGUAGCGAUUCCAAGUUCAACGUUUAGGAAGCUUGGCAUCAGUGACAUCCCCACGAAGAAAAUCCCGCUCGGGAGAUGGAGUAAAAAUACCGCAAGGUGUACGCUGCAGACUGAGAAGCAGGGAUCUACGCCUUCCACAGGCAAGGGUGCAGUACCAGGUGUUCGAGAUACAGUAUGGGACCAAAAGCAGCUUGCUGUGCCAAGCAACCCGAAGCUUCAGCAGAACACGCAUGCAGAUGUCGUUGUGGUUGGAGGAGGAAUCGCUGGCAUAAGCGUAGCCUACAAUCUUGCCAAAGCUGGCAAACAGGUUGUAGUCUUGGAGGCUCGUGCGAUAGGAAGCGGCCAAACGGGCAAGACAACUGCACAUCUUAUGCCAUGGUUUGAUGACUACUACUUCGAAGCAGAGAGCACCCUCGGGAGUGAUAAAUUGAACCUCAUUGCUGAUGCACAACAUGGCUCGAUUGAUUGGAUAGAGAAUGUCGUCAAGGAAGAGGGUAUUGAAUGCAAUUUUAGAAGACUUCCAGGGUACCUUGUGCCAGUUGAAGACGACCAACAGAAUGCUGAAAAACUCCGUAAGGAGUACGAAGCAUGCAAACGAGCGGGUUUAAAUGACGUGCGGCUCGAGGAUUUGAAACACGAUCCCAAAAACGGAAAUUUUGGCAUGGCCCUUGUCUUUCCAAACGCGGGGGAGUUCCAGCCGAUAUUGUAUGUCAAGGGGCUGGCAGAGGCAGCCAAGAAGCAUGGAGCUCAAAUCUUCGAGCAGACAUCAGUCGUUCAACAUGAAGGGACCAAAGUCGUAACGGACGGAGGUCACACCGUCACAGCCAAGGCUCUCGUCUUAGCUACAAACUCCCCCAUCAACAAAAACUUGGCAAUUCAUGCUCGACAGUACGCACGACGAAGCUACGUGGUUGGCCUCAAAGUUCCCAAGGGAGCUAUCAACCGCGCCUCAUGGUGGGAUACAGCCUCUCCUUACCAUUACGUAAGGCUUGAGGACAAGGACGACUAUGAAGUCUUGGUCGUUGGUGGAGAGGAUCACAAAGUUGGAAUUGAGCCGAAUCAAUACUUGGACCGGCAUGGCAGUCUAGAGGCAUGGGCUCGUUCUCACUGGCCUGCAGCUCAGGAGCUACUGUACAAGUGGUCUGGCCAGGUCUAUAUGCCAUCAGAUUUCCUCCAUCUACACGGUCAUGAUCCAUUGAACACCGAGAAUGUUUAUGUUGCGACCGGUGACAGCGGCCAGGGAAUGACUGGUGGCACUAUAGCUGGUGUAGUGAUUUCGAAUUCGAUUCUCGGACACAAGCACAGAUGGGGCGACCUCUUUGAUCCUUCUCGGUUCCCUCCGGCUUCACUGACCUCGGCCCAAAUGCUUGCCCAAGAAGUCGGGGAGAAUAUUGAGGGUUUUAAAAACGUCCUCCCGGGACAAGGACUGACGAAGCUCACCGUGGACAGCAUCCUACUUGACGAGGGAGCUAUCAUCCAAGAAGGAUUGAACAAAGAAGCAGUAUAUAGAGACUCUUCAGGGAACGUGCAGAGAUAUUCCGCUAUAUGUCCGCACUUAGGCUGCGCCGUCAAGUGGAACCCGAGCGAUAAGACGUUCGACUGCCCUUGCCAUGGAUCGCAGUUUGAUGCACAGGGUGUGGUCGUAAACGGACCUUCUCCAACAAACUUGACUCCAAUGUCCUACAACUGAGGAACACACAACGAUUUUGUAACCCGGCGGCUAUGAAACUCCUGUUCAUAUAAAUAAUGAAAGAUGGAGCAGGAAUCAUUUUCAAA